AUGAUGACCAUGACUACGAUGGCUGACGGGCUGGAGGCGCAAGACUCGUCCAAAUCUGCCUUCAUGGAGUUCGGGCAGCAGCAGCCGCCACCGCCGCCGGCGCCUCAGCAGCCUCCUCAACCGCCGCCGCCGCCGCCGCCUCCACAGCAGCAGCAGCAACAGCAGACCUCGCCGGCAGCGGCCAUGGCGGGCGCCCACUACCCGCUCCACUGCCUGCACUCGGCGGCGCCGGCCUCGCAUUCGCACCCGCACCACCAGCACCCGCAUCCGCACCACCACCACCACCACCACCACGCCGCGCCUUACGCGGCCGGCCCGGCCGGCGCCAACUCCUACAGUCACCGCUCGCUCGCCGCCGCGGCCGCCGCGGCCGCGGCUGCCUAUCCCUACGUGAGCCAUUCGCAGCACAGCCCUUACCUCCAGUCCUACCACGGCGGCGGCGGCGGGAACGGCGGCGGGAGCGGCAGCGGGAACGGCACGGGCAGCCAGACGCGGCCAGACGACGCAGAUCAACAAAAAACCACAGUGAUUGAAAAUGGGGAGAUUCGAUUUAAUGGGAAAGGGAAAAAGAUCCGGAAACCUCGAACCAUUUACUCAAGUCUGCAGCUGCAGGCAUUAAACCACCGCUUCCAGCAGACCCAAUACCUGGCACUUCCAGAGAGAGCAGAGCUGGCGGCUUCAUUAGGACUUACUCAGACACAGGUGAAAAUCUGGUUCCAGAAUAAGCGUUCCAAGUUUAAGAAACUGCUGAAGCAAGGCAGCAACCCUCACGAGACUGAUCCCCUGCCCGGCUCGGCUACCCUCUCGCCGCGUUCUCCAGGUCUGCCUCCGGUCUGGGACGUUUCAGCGUCUGCCAAAGGAGUCAACAUGCCUCCCAACAGCUACAUGCCUGGCUAUUCUCACUGGUACUCCUCUCCACAUCAAGACACUAUGCAGAGACCACAAAUGAUGUGA